UAUGCACUAGUAGCCAUGAAUAGCGAGGAACAUUAUUAUGCCCCGGCUCAAAUGUAUAAAGAAUCAUGCGCUUAUCAGAGAUCACAAACCCAAGGAUAUAAUCAAAGCCCACCAGCAUGUCUCUUUGUAGCGAGGCAGCCACAGACUUCAUAUGUCAACCCUUCCUUGUCAGGGCUUGAACAAGACAACCCCGCUGAUAUUUCUCCUUUCGAUGUACCUGGGAUAUCUGAGGAUCCUACAGUCUCGCAUCUCCCCCAUCCACAGCAGCAGCCUCCCAACCCGCACACCCACCAAGGGGCUUGCUUUGGGACCAGCUCUGAAAUGGGGGCCCUGGAUGACCACAGUAGAACGCAUCUGCCCUUCCCGUGGAUGAAAUCGACCAAGUCGCAUGCCCAUAUCUGGAAAGGACAAUGGCCGGGGAGUUCCUUUAUGGUGGAGCAGGAAGAAAAUAAGCGCACGCGCACUGCCUACACUCGAGCUCAGUUGCUUGAGUUGGAGAAGGAGUUUCUCUUCAAUAAAUACAUCUCCAGACCCCGCCGCGUGGAGCUAGCGGUAAUGUUAAACCUGACCGAACGACAUAUCAAAAUCUGGUUCCAAAACAGGAGGAUGAAGUGGAAGAAGGAAGAGGAUAAGAAGAGAGCGAGGAAUGGCGCUCCGGAACAGGACUCAGUUGUCUCCUCCGGCGAUCUUAAGGAGGAUGUUUGUGCUCCCAAUAAUCCUAUGGGAAGAGACCUGCUGUCGGUCAGUGUCUCCUCUUCACAGCCCUGCACUUCCUUAAAAAGCCAAGGUACAGUUGCUAGAGACUCAGUGAAGAAUUCGUAAGGUCGAACGUGCAACAGCGUCGGAGAACAUCACUGUAUAGAUCAUUUUAAUUGGACUUACAACGUAGGUUGAAAUCUCCUGUAACAGUUCCCAAUAAAUGCCCUACCUGUAGCACUCAGUGACUGCAGUUACAUAUAGCUAAUAUUUGCCAUUCAUUUGUUUUCUAUGUUUGCAAUAGCAGUUGGCGUACAAUAAUAGAUUGUACAUUCCAGCGAGUGGAAAGGUCUGCGAUUGUGCAGAAAUAAGUCAGCUUCAAAAAAUCUAAAUAUCCAUAUUGUGUGUUUGUGCUGUUUCGAGUAAUUUUAUGUACCGGCACUUGUCAAUUUCGUUUCGUCUUGUAAAUUAUAAUGGAGGUGUUAGUUUAAAGUCCAUAGUUAUAGAAUAAUAUGCCUUUUUACUUGUUUUCCUGGCGGUACAAACUCAGGUGUUGCCUGUGGUUAUAAAUAAAGACGGCGUAUUUGAAAUAAAAACACAGAAAAUGCUGAAAAUAUAUAUUUUAAAUUGUACGUGUAGAAAUUUGGCCGAGCUCUGUAUAUUGUUUUAACUUGUAUACUCUUCAUCCCAGGAAGAUUUUCAGCUUUAGUUCUACCUGAAGAGCAAAAUUCUACAAUUGUUACAUUUUGUUGGAGAUUGUUUGUGAUCCCAUUUUGGUUGCACGUCUAUCUAUAG